CCUCUCGGACCAGACGGACAAGUUCUACCCACUGAUGACACAGGAAAUUUCAUCUUUGUUCCAUCUGAUCAGGGUGAUAGAGUCACAUCUACUCCUGACAAAUUUUAUUGUUCUUCAACAGAUCCUCCAACGGAAACCUUGUUGUUCAUUGUUGAGACUUCCCAACAGAGCGCAAUUUAUCUUGCUAAGAUUGAGAAAUUGCUCAAAUCGUUCAUCAGCAGUUUACCUCACAGAGACAGUCCAAGGAUUGGAAAGCUGAUUUACGGUGCUACAGCAGAAAUCACCAUUGAUAUAGGACAUUACACUGGUAGAGAAGAGUUAUUGGCAUCAUUCGGUGAAACUAGAGAACUAGAAGGAGUACCUGAUGCGAAGCUGGCUUUACAUGUCGCUCAACAGCUCCUUGGUGAAGAAGAUCGUGGUGCGACUGUUGUGCUUCAUUUUCACUUGGCGCCCCUGAGGAAAGAGGACGAAUUCAUGGCUGAGCAACUACAGAAAAGCGGUGUUAAACUUGUUCAUCUGGACGAAAAGACUUGGUCUCGGCGUGACUCUGCUGCUCUUCGCAAAGUUGACAGAAGGAAAAGCUAUAGCGACGACGUCGCUAUAGCUUUUCCUUCUAUUAUUGGUGAACAUGAAACUUAUGACUGA